UAUAGGCGGCUACAGACACACGCUUAUGACUUAAUACAUAAACGCGCACUGAAUAACGUCAGAUAAAUCUUAAAUGCACGUGCAGAGAUGCGCAUGCAAGACUCAACGUGUAGAGGCAAAAGUACGUGCGAAUUCCGCAGACAAUCAGAGGUCAGUGCCGUUGAUCAACGAAGUACGAAUUAUCUUCGAGUAAAUAAUUUUUAUUGAUUGUAGAGAUAUCUGACAUCAGAACAGUGACUCAAGACUUCACCAGAAAAUUCAUUGAAUUGUAAGGGGCACAUUCUUGUCUCUG